UAUCAAUCGAAGAUGAAAAUCAAAGCCAAAGGGGACUUCAUGUCUUUGAAUUGAAGGCUGUGACUUUGCUGUUAUUACAAAAACAGUGUUUUGACAUCCCGGUGUAGUAGUGGUGCAACGCAAACCUUAUUUUGGAGCUGGAUAUGUACCUGAGGUUACCACUGAUGUGCAGAAGAAAACUGCCUUAUCCGGAGCAAAGAUGCAGAGCACUUCGAAUUACCUCUGGCUCUUAUCUGACAUCCUAGGCCAGGGAGCGACGGCCAAUGUUUUUCGUGGGCGACACAAGAAAACCGGGGAUUUAUAUGCUGUCAAAGUAUUCAACAGCAUAAGCUUUCUCCGUCCUGUGGAUGUUCAGAUGCGAGAGUUCGAAGUGCUGAAGAAACUGAAUCAUAAAAAUAUUGUCAAGUUGUUUGCUAUUGAAGAAGAGACAACGACUAGACAUAAAGUACUAGUUAUGGAAUUUUGUCCAUGUGGGAGUUUAUACACUGUUUUAGAGGAGCCAUCUAAUGCCUUUGGUUUGCCAGAGUCUGAGUUCUUGAUUGUUCUGAGAGAUGUGGUGGCUGGGAUGAACCAUCUCCGGGAGAACGGCAUCGUGCACCGAGACAUCAAGCCGGGCAAUAUCAUGCGGGUCAUAGGUGAAGACGGGCAGUCCGUUUACAAGCUCACAGACUUCGGGGCUGCGAGAGAGCUCGAAGAUGAUGAGCAGUUUGUUUCUCUCUAUGGCACAGAGGAGUAUUUACAUCCAGAUAUGUAUGAGCGAGCAGUUUUGAGGAAGGAGCAUCARAAAAAAUACGGAGCGACCGUUGAUCUGUGGAGCAUUGGGGUGACCUUCUACCAUGCUGCGACGGGGAGUUUGCCCUUCCGGCCCUUCGAAGGACCUCGUCGGAACAAGGAAGUGAUGUAUAAAAUAAUCACCGGAAAGCCUUCCGGAGCUAUUUCUGGAAUUCAGAAAGCAGAAAAUGGACCAAUUGAGUGGAGCUGGGAGAUGCCUGUUUCUUGUAGUCUGUCGAAGGGUCUACAACUACUGCUCACGCCUGUCCUUGCAAAUAUUCUUGAAGCAGACCAGGAAAAGUGCUGGGGAUUUGACCAGUUCUUUGCCGAGACAAGUGACAUCCUGCACCGAAUAAUAAUCCACAUUUUUUCACUACAGCAGAUGACCUUGCACAAAAUUUAUAUUCACAGCUAUAAUACAGCUGCUAUAUUUCACGAACUGGUCUACAAACAAACCAAAAUACCAUCUCAGAAUCAAGAACUGAUCUACGAAGGUCGGCGUUUGAUGCUGGAGCCUGGCAGGCUGGCCCAGCUCUUCCCCCGAACUACAGAGGAGAAUCCUAUCAUUGUGGUGAGCAGGGAGGCUUUGAACAUUGUUGGGCUGAUCUUUGAAGAAGUCUUGCUUCCUAAAGUACACCAACGUUAUGAUCUGGAUGGGGAUGCCAGUAUGGCUAAAGCAGUAACAGGUAUCAUAUGUUAUGCGUGCCGAGUUGCCAGUUCUUUGCUGCUUUACCAGGAACUGAUGCGCAAAGGGAUGCGGUGGCUCACGGAAAUAAUCAAGGAUGAUUACAAUGAAUUGGUUCAUAGAAAGGCAGAGGUUGUCAUCAAGCUGGAUUUCUGCAGCAGAAGCAUUGAGAGAGCUGAGAAAGUAUACGAGAAUUUAAUGCAGAUCAACCUGGAAACACCAGAAGUGGAUGAAAUUUCAGAGAUACAUACGAAGAUAAUGCGUCUCACCAGUUCGCAGAGCACAAUUGAAACUAGUCUUCAAGAUAUCAAAAACAAACUUUCUCCUGGUGGUUUACUGGCCGACAGCUGGGCAAAUCAGGAGGGCAUGCAUCCAAAAGACAGAAAUCCAGAGAGGCUGCAGGCACUGCUAUGUUCCAUCACAGAAAUUUAUUAUCAGUUCAAAAAAGACAAAGCAGAACGUAGACUUCCUUAUAAUGAAGAACAAAUUCACAAGUUUGACAAGCAGAAGCUGUACUUGCAUGCUACAAAGGCUGUAACUCUGUUCAAAGAGGAAUGUGUCGGCAAAUGUGAGAUAUUUCUGGACAAGGCUGAGGACUGGACAAGGAAAAUGCUUCAUGUAAGGAAACAGUUGGUGGCUCUCAGCAACCAGUGUUUUGAUAUUGAAGAGGAGGUAUCCAAAUACCAGGAUUACAUAAAUGAGUUACAAGAUGCUCUGCCACAAAAGGUGUUUGCAGCUUCUAGUGGGCUGAAACACGCAAUCAAUCCAGUCUAUCCAAGUUCAAACACAUUGGUAGAAAUGACUCUGGGGAUGAAGAAGCUGAAGGAGGAAAUAGGAGGGGUGGUUGAAGUGCUGGCUGAGAACAAUCACAUCUUGGAAAGAUUUGGUGCUUUGACUAUGGACGGUGGCCUGCACGAUGUGGACUGCAUCUAGCUGUCAAAGGACCUGAAAAAGACUUGUAAAUUUUUCAAAGGGGAGAAAUACUGUUGAAGCAUCUAAAGACAGGGUUUUUUUUCUCUGCAGUUGUACUAUUAAAAAUGUAAAUAUG